CUGACUGGUGUGGUUUUCUCUCACACAGGUAGUGCCAAAGGACUACAAAACCAUGGAGGCACUCAGCAAGGCGAUCGCCAAGAAUGUACUCUUCUCACAUCUGGACGAGAACGAACGGUCGGAUAUCUUCGACGCCAUGUUCUCCCAGACGUUCCUCAAGGGAGAGACCAUCAUCAAACAGGGAGAUGAGGGAGACAACUUUUACGUCAUCGACUCCGGAGACGUGGAGGUAUACGUAAACGACACGCUAGUGACCACCAUCUCGGAGGGCGGCAGUUUCGGCGAGCUGGCGCUCAUUUACGGCACGCCGCGCGCGGCCACCGUCAAGGCCAGCUCCGACGUCAAACUCUGGGCCAUCGACAGAGAUACAUACAGACGAAUCCUGAUGGGCUCCACGAUACGGAAGCGGAAGAUGUACGAGGAGUUCCUGAGUCGCGUGUCCAUUCUCGAGUCCCUGGACAAGUGGGAGCGUCUCACCGUCGCCGACAGCCUGGAGCCGGUCUCGUUCGCCGACGGCGAGACGAUAGUACGUCAGGGCGAGCCGGGAGACGACUUUUACAUCAUCGUGGAGGGCCGGGCGGCCGUGCUGCAGCGGCGGACCGAGGGAGAACAGGAGCAGGAGGUCGGACAGCUGGGGCCCUCCGACUACUUCGGUGAGAUCGCCCUGAUGCUGGACCGGCCCCGGGCGGCCACUGUGGUGGCCCGCGGACCCCUCAAAUGCGUCAAACUCGACCGCGGAAGGUUCGAGCGGGUUCUUGGCCCCUGUGCCGACAUUCUGAAGCGCAACAUCCAGCAAUAUAACAGCUUCGUAUCGCUGACGGUGUAGCCCGCCUAGGUGGCAGCACCGUCGCCCGAUAGGUGGCAGCACAAUCUGAACUCGCUGCCUGUGUUGAAUUGGGGUGGCCCAGCGGCGGGUCACGGGGAGGGGAGGGGGCGGAGCUCCGCACUGGCAGCCAAUCACAGUCCCGCGAGCCGACCAGCGGCCAAUCACGGGCCGGGGGAGUUGGGCAGCAGCCAAUGAGGAGCUGCGGCGGCCGGGACGUCCUGCCGUUUACGAUAUACCUGUGCUCUUCAUACUAUACAGCGAGAUAUGUUGAUGUGUGAACGCGAAUCGGUUUGUUUAGAGAUAACUCAAUAAAAUCGCCCGGUACAACGAGCGGAUGUGUGUUGAGUGACGCCUCCGGCGACAGUUUUAUGACAGUUGGAUGGAAUGAGUUGAUAUUUGAUAACACUAACGAAAUAAACAACAACGAACUAGCG